CGUCCAACGAUUAAAUACUCUAAAUAGUGAUAACUGAUUCAAUUUUCACACAAAGCGUCCCUCCCUGCCUCUCGUAGUCAUAGCCCGUGGCGUCCAUUUAAUCUUAAUUUACAACUGUAUUUAAGUAUUUUCUUGUAGACUUGUGGCGACUGGUGAAUGGUUUACGAUUGUUGUUCAUCACCUCUACGUGGACGUGAUUUUCACUAAAACUUCGGCGAUCCACAUCAAUAUACCACCAGCAGUAACUGCUUUCCGUGCUCCAUAUUUUGUGUAUGUACUACGCCAAAAUCAAAGUCUUCAUCAUCAUCAGUAGUGAUUAGUGAAGCGGCAUGGCCACAUGGUAGUCGGCUCGACGUGUUAAUGUUCCGACCACUGUCAAUACGACUGAUCAAAUUAAUUUUGACCUUCAGAUCAAUUUCAAGAAAAAAUAAAUAUUAUUGCAGUGACUAUGAUGUCCAGCCAUGAUGAAACUUAUAAAAAUAUGAUGAAUGGUUUCCGUACCUGCGAUUUUCAAAAUCUAUUGGGAGCUUUUGGUCGAAAUAAAGCUGGACGAAAAAACGAAUUAAAAGAACGGGCUCUUGAAUUAUUAAAAAAUAAACCUACUGGCUUUAACCAUUCGGCAUAUGCAGCAAAAAUAUUUGAAAUAUAUCGUUCUAUGCAAUCAGAUAUGCCUAGUAAUAACGAAAUGAUGCGUAGCAUAUUACAAUCACAACAGAGACAAGUUAUGAACAUGGGGCAGAUACAGCCGUCCCAUCAAAGAAUGUAUCAACCACCGCAAUAUCCUCAACAGGCAAUGCAAAUGGCCCGAGCUGGAUUACCACAAGUUGUGCCUCAAAUUCAAAGAGGCAUUUAUGGUAAUCCCAUUGGAGCAAAUACUAUGGCUAACAAUAACAUUCAAUAUAUAUCCGGCAGUUAUCAGCCUUCUGGACCUCGUUCUGUAGCUCCAUCUCAUUUGUCCUCAAAUCAACAAAUUAAUGGAGUGUCACAAGAUACAUUAGUGUAUGAUAAUACGAGAAGUUCAGCAGGUGGCAAUCCACCAGGUAACAAUCCUUACACUCCAUCUCCUGAAAUUGUUGCCAAAAUCAACUUCAAAAAAUUACCAUUUUAUGAGAUUAUUGAGGAUAUCAUUAAGCCAACUCUUCUAGUUGGGUCGGACAGAUGUACAUUACAAAACUAUCCUAGAAAUAUGAGAGAAGCGUCAUUCAAACUUUUUCUGACAGCCGAUGUCGUUAAUUAUGUUGCCAUGCAUCGUGACAUUUCUUCAGGAAAAAAUGAAUAUAUUUAUCAGUUCCAGAUUCGAAUUGGUCAGUUAUUGGAACCUAUGAGUAAUGAGGUAACAGAUUUUAUGCCUAUUGGAUUACACAUUCGAUUGGGUUCAAAAGUAUGUCCAUUGCCACCUUCUGCCCCUAAUACUCGGCCAGGAGCUGAAUCUAGACGAUCUCCAAGACCUAUAAAUUGCACUCAAAUUGUUAAACUUUCUCCAAUUACUCCCAACAACCUCUUUAUAAAUUGGACUCCUGAUGGAAAAAAUUAUGUUGUAUCUAUGUAUCUAGUAAAAAGAUUAACUUCAGAAACAUUGAUACAAAGACUUAAAGAUAAAGGAGGUAGGAGUUCAGAAGAGACUAAAAACUGUAUAAUUAAAAAGUUAGCCGAUGUUGAUCCAGAUUUGGCCACUACAUCUUAUCGAUUUUCGUUGGUAUGUCCAUUGGGUAAAAUGAGAAUGAAGAUACCUGCAAAAUCUAUUCAUUGCGACCACUUACAAUGUUUUGAUGCGAGUACAUUUAUUUUAAUGAAUGAAAAAAAGCCAACAUGGAUGUGCCCAACAUGUAAUAAACCUUGUUUGUAUGAUGACAUACAGAUAGAGAAUUAUUUUUUGGAAGUUGUCUCAAGUCCAACGCUAAAGGAUUGCAGUAAGGAAAUUGAAAUUUUGGCUGAUGGCACAUGGAGAGUUUAUGAAGAAAAUAAAGAGACAAAAACCACAAAUAGUACUCCUGAUGCAAAAUUAAAACCUAUUGAUUCUGUGGAUUUAGAUAGUGACGAUGAAAAAUCUGACGAUACGAAAGCAGAAUUUAAUCCUGAAACUGCCAAACGCCAAGAAAAUGAAAACUUAAACUUUGUUGAUUUGACAUUGAGUGAUGACGAAGAAGAACCGCCAAAAGAUAAAGAUAAACAAGAAAAUGAGGCCCAAGCUGUUGAUGCUAUACAACCAGUUGCUGUUGUUGAUUUAAAACCACAAGCUCAAGUACAGCCACAACAAGCUGUCACCAGUUCUGAGCAAGGAGUAGUAAUUGAAAUUGACAGUCCAUCCCCUCCUUCAAGUCCUACCCCGACAACUGAAGCCUCCUAAUUUUUUAUUUUAUUUUUUUAUUGUAAUGAAAACAAUUCUGAUAUAUUUUAAAUUUUUCUAAUUUAUAAGUUCUACUGUGUGUUCUUAUACCAUAUAAACAUAUGAUAAAAAUAAUUCUUAAAAUAUUACAUUUAAUAAAUAUUUAAACAUUCAUAUAUUAAUAUUCUCCUUUUUUAAAAUAUUAUUUGAAUACAAUUUAAAUUAAAUCUAGUGACAUUGGCGGUCUUUGACGUACUACUUAUGUAAGUGUCUCAAAUUCAAAUUCCCAAUGGGCCAUAUGUAAGUCAAAGUAGAAUGCACAGAGCAGUGACCUGUUUCCAAUUGUCAGCUUCUCGUAUGCUUUGAUACAAGCGACCAAUGAGUUGCGGAGAACAUAACACUCAGUAAAAAAUGGAGGAAAUGUGUAUCCAAUGUUGCUGACCUACUUCUAUACUUGUCAUUGUUUUAAUGACUUAAUCUGUAGAUGCAUAUAAUAUCUAUCGCCUGCA